UCUGAGUGAAGUAGCCGAUCAUUGUGUGGAGAUAGCAAUGGAUAGAAGUGGAUGUUGUGUAUUGCAAAACUGUAUACAGGUUCUAUCACCCGAACGUGAUCGUAUCAUUCGUGAAAUUAUACAUCAUGCCUUGGAGCUAUCUGAAAGCGAUUAUGGAAACUAUGUUGUACAAUAUGUCAUUGGAUUGAAAGAUUUCCACAUUACGCAAGAAGUUCUAAUGGCAUUACAUGGCUAUCUUAUUCGUCUAACUAAGAACAAGUUUGGUAGUCAUGUUGUUGAGAAAUUUUUUAAAGAAGGUCAUGAUGAAUUCGUCGAACCUAUCAUCAGUGAGGUUUUUAAUGAAAAUGAUGAUGCAAAUUUUCUUGAGAUUCUUCAACAUCCUACCGGGAACUUUGUUGCUCAAUCUGCUCUACGUAGAACAAAGAUGAUGCACCUUAAUCACGGAGUGUGUAUGGGGUUGUGUAUGUACCAAAGGCUGGUGGAGCGAAUCGACGCUAACUACGCGUUUUUGCACAGCCAUAUCCAUGGCAAGAGGGUGUUGUCCCUUAUCAGAAACAACAGGUUCCGUUGAUAGCAUCGUUGAGCUUGGACAGUGUUUGAUUUUGUGUCAUGUUGUUUGUCAUUGUUUCGAGUAUGUUAUAAUAAUUCUUGUGUUGUUUAGGGUGUGCUUGUUGUUUGUUUUAUUUGUAGUAGUAUUUUGAUUAGAGUAAAUUCUUAUGUUAGAACCAUAUAUAUGUAUUGAUAUAUGGUUUAUGUGUCGUUGUCUAUUGAUUAUUGUGUCGUUGUUUAGGGAUUAUUGUCGUCAUUUGGUGUCGUUGUUUAGGUAUUAUUGUCAUUUGGUGUCGUUGUGACUAUUAAAGUGCUAAUAAAUCAUCAUCAUUGUUGAUGAAUUUGUGUUCUAUUCAUUAAGAGUAUUGGUUUAA